GGGAGCUGGGGGCGGGCGGGGGAGGAGCCCCGCAGCUGCCGGAGCCUGAGACUCUGCCCGGGACUUUCAACGCUCUCGGACGUGUCCGGUCCCCCUCUCUCCAACCAUUGUAGCCGCUAAGAAGACGGAACCUGGCUUUUCUCUCGGGGAUCGGGAUCUUCUUGUGCCCAGCUUGCUUGGAUCCCCGGGGUCGUUGCCCCCUCCUCCAGGGAGGCCCCCGGGGUCACUCUGCGUGGACUAAGGACCUGGAAACUGAUAAACCUUCGAGCUGAGCUUUCCAGCGAGGCGAACCAGAGCCGGAAUUUCCCCGGAAUUCCCUGCGCUGCCUGGAGGUGCUCUGGCUUUCCAGGUCUGCGCCCAGGAAGCGGGGUGCCUGAGAGGGACUUCCCCAGCCUCGGCGCUUUGGGGAGCUUCACCACGUCCCCGCGCCGUUCCCAUUCCUGACUCAGGAUGGCGGCCAUCAAGGCCCUGCAGCAGUGGUGCCGGCAGCAGUGUGAGGGCUACCCCGAGGUCAGCAUCACCAACAUGACCACCUCCUUCAGGGACGGCUUGGCCUUCUGCGCCAUCCUGCACCGCCACAGACCGGACCUCAUAGACUUUAGCAAGCUCAGAAAAGAAAAUAUUUAUGAAAACAAUAAGCUGGCAUUCCAAGUGGCGGAGGAGCAGCUGGGGAUACCAGCUCUGUUGGAUGCAGAAGAUAUGGUGGCUCUCAAGGUGCCCGAUCGAUUGAGCAUCCUGACUUAUGUCUCCCAGUAUUACAAUUAUUUUCAUGGCCGGUCACCCAUUGGGGGCAUGGCUGGAGUGAAGAGGCCUCCUACAGACUCGAUUGAGGAACCUGUAGGGAAGAAAGUCAUUUCACAGCCUGUCAAGCCUGCUUCCUCAGCCCCUGUGCAGCCACUCUCUCCAGUCCGGACAAACCCCAUCGUCCAAGGGAAGAGCACAGCGACGGAAUUCCUGCCAGCAAAACCUGGCCGGGUCUCCACCACAGGCAGCGAAAGCCCCCGGAGUUCGAGGAGCAGUAUCUGUGCUAUAUGCAAGAAACAUGUGCAUCUGGUACAGAGACAUUUAGUGGAUGGGAAGCUCUAUCACAGGAAUUGCUUCAGAUGCAAGCAAUGUUCCAACACACUCCACUCAGGUACCUACAAGUCCACAGGGGAACCUGGUGUCUUUGUCUGCACAAACCACCAGACCAAAGCUUUUAUCCCAUUCUCAAAGUCUCCUAGCACAGAUCGAAAGCAGCCAGCAGCUGGGUAUCCAAGCCGGACCAAUCCUGUUCCAAUGGACACUACAUCUCCUGGGGUGUCUUGGAGAGCCCGGGAACCAGACAGACCAGUGAAUGCUGGGCAGAAAGUCAGCCAGCCAGUCAGAGAACCCGUGGGAAAUUCCAUUCCCAAGGGUUUUGUCCAGUCUUCUGGGAGCCCAUCUUCCGUGGGCAAUAGUGUCGUGAACUCCCUCAGCCCCAUCAACCCGGCCCUCCACAAGUCAACUUCCAGCACAAAUACCCCGUCAAACUCUUUCCUCAACCCAUUUACCCAGAACUCUUCUGCAGCAGGAGGCAAGCCGAGUGCUGUUACCAAUAACUCCCCUACAGGAUGGUCAUCUGCUCAAAGAAAGUCAGACUCACCUACUACCCCCUCCCUGACCAAAUUAGAUUAUCACUCAACUUCUCCUCAGGGCAAAUCAAGUUUUAGUGCAACUUCUCAGAGCCUACACACUUCUCCUCUGAGCAAAGCAGACUCUCCAGCAGGAACCCAGAGCAUCACUUCUCAGAUCAAACCAGACUUUCGUGCAGGUUCUCAAAUCCAAUCAAACUCACACACGGCUGCUUCCCAGCACAAAGCAGACUCAAGCCCCAGUAGCUGGACUUCCUCUGCAUCCAAAACCCAGCAAGCUCGGCAAAAGUUCUUCCAGUCUUCGGAGCCCUCAGCUGGCAAAGCCCCGACCCCCAAGGAGUAUGGUUUGACUUUUACUUCCUCCCAGGCAGCUGGGAAAACUCCCUUGGGAGUCACAGCUGCUCCUUCUCAGUAUGCAAAGGACAAGGCUCGCAUCUUCCUUGUGAAGAACCUUAUGCUGGGACAAGAUUCUGCCUCAAAUGGUCAGGAAGGUACCACUGCCCAAGGUCCUAGGAGGUCUCCGACCCCCUCCCGCGCUCUGACACCAGAUCCUAAAGCUGAAGGGCCAAGAGGGACCCCUAAGACAAAGCUGGAGUCUGCGUCUCCCCGGCCUGGCAGAGUGACAGAACUCUCACCCCAGAGCAAGGUUUCUGCACCAGCAUCACCCCAAAGAACAAAGAAGAGCCCCACCUUUUCUCGUCCUGGCAACGAGCUCAUAAACGCCAGACAGAAGCCAGACACCUCGAUGGUAAACGGUCAGGGUCCCAGCUCUACUGAAGACGCGCUAGAUGGUCCUGCAGGUUGGCGAUCCAAGCUAAAGCCCGUGUCGGUAGACAAGGUUCCAGAGCUAAAGGAAAAAGCAGCUCCAAUAGAUAUCAAGGGACCGGCUAUUCUCAAGAAGCCUUUGGAAAAUUCCUCAGCAGGUACACGGAGCAUCGGGAGCCCAGCCUUGAAGGACAGAAGCCCCGCUUCAGCCCCCACCUUUCCCAAGAGUAGCCAGGGCCCACUCCCUGGUCCUGUGGCUUCAACUGCUUUACCAGAAGGCCGGAAGAAACUCUUGAUACCCCCUAACCUGGAUGUUUCUGAUAGUUGGAUGAAGCCUGAGAAGAAGUGGGAAGAAUCCAUCCCUCCAGAGAAGCCCAGUCGACUCAACAAGACAGAAAAGCCCUGCAAUACAACAAGCUUCCCCAUCUCACUGAACAAGGAGGUGAAAUCUCCAGUUAAGCUCCACCCUGACUAUAUGUCAGAAGAAGAGAUCCAGAAGAAGAUUCAGGACAUUGAGAAAGAGCUGGACUCUUUAGAACUGAAAGGAGUAGACUUAGAGAGAAAGCUUCGGGAAGCUGAGGGAGAUGACUCUGAAGAUGCCCUCAUGGUAGAAUGGUUCAAACUCAUUCAUGAGAAACAGCUGCUGAUGAGGCAGGAGUCAGAACUGAUGUACAAGGCCAAGGAGCAGCGUCUGGAGGAGAUGCAGCUUGAUAUUGCUGAUGAACUUCGCCGCUUGAUGGAAAAACCAGAGGCGCUGAAGACACCGAGGGAAAAGAAAAGGGAGCAAGAGCUUUUGGAACAGUAUGUAAACACCGUGAACGAUCGCAGUGACAUUGUGGAUUGUCUGGAUGAGGAUCGGAUCAGGGAACAGGAGGAGGACCAGGUGAUUCAGGACAUGAUCCAGAAACUAGACCUCCAGAAGGAUGGAGCAGAGAAGAAGAAACCCAAGGGUCGUUUAUCCAAGAUUUGGAAGCCGAAAAAUAAGAGCAAAACAUCAGCAUGAUGGCUCCCAGUCUCCAGGGACCUAGCCAAAGCAUGUGGGGUGAUUGUGUCUAUGUCACCCAAUUCUGUCCAUCCUGGCAGGCUCACCCACUACCUAGGAUGGAAAAGUUGAAGGGAAUGUGGAAUCCAGGACUUGUCAGAGGAUGACAAGCUCAUCAUCUCCCACAGUGGGAAAGAAGGGACUGACAUAUGGCUCCAAAUGCUGACUCCUUAGCAAGGGGAGCUCUGUGAUCAAGUUACUCUGCAGAGGCAGAGACCUCCUGAUCUUCUGGGCGAAAGAAGGCCAAACUCUCUUACCUUUAAGUGAGGUCUUCUUCGACAUCAUCAUAAUAAAAAUAAAUUGACCUCAAAUCCA